AUGCUUGAUCGCCUCACUUCCGCCACUGUUUUCACCAAACUUGAUAUUCGAAACGCCUAUCAUCGUAUUCGUAUUGCUGAGGGUGAUGAAUGGAAGACUGCAUUUCGAACACGCUAUGGCCAUUUCCAGUACAACGUUAUGCCUUUCGGUCUGACCAAUGCACCCGGUUCUUUUCAAGCUCUCAUCAACGAUGUAUUGCGUGAAUACCUCGAUCAUUUCGUCCUUGUUUAUUUGGAUGACAUCUUGAUUUUCAGCGAUGAUCAACAACAACACGACCAACACGUCAAGCUGGUAUUACAAAAGCUACGCGAUGCAGGCCUAUUCGUCAAGGCCGAAAAAUGUCAAUUCGACGUACCUGAUGUGGAGUUUCUUGGCUUUAUUGUGGGUCGCUCGGGUCUCGCUAUGGAUCCCAAAAAAGUCACCGCUGUCACCGAUUGGCCUAUUCCACGCAAUGUCCAUGACAUUCACAGCUUCCUUGGUUUCACAAACUUCUAUCGACGUUUUAUCCGCAAUUACUCCAUCAUCAGCAAUCCACUCUACAAGCUUCUUCAAAAGGAUGUACCGUUUUCUUGGGGACAAGCUGAAGACGACUCCUUUCACACACUCAAACGCUGCUUCACAUCUGCACCCAUUUUACAGCACUUCGAUCCUUCCAAGCCAUUGUAUCUUGAAACCGAUGCAUCUGAUGCGGCAUAUGCAGCCGUUCUCAAUCAACCCGAUUCUUCUGGUCAUCUUCUCCCUAUUGCCUUUUUCAGCAAGAAAUUCGACACACAUCAAGUUAACUACGACGUGUUUGACAAGGAGCUUUUUGCUAUCGUUGAAGGUUUUCGUGUUUGGCGUCACUAUUUGCAAGGAGCACAACAUCCCGUUACCGUGUAUACCGAUCACAAAAAUUUGGAAAGCUUUAUGACAUCCAAAAAUCGUGUUCUCAACCGACGUCAUGCAAGAUGGUCUACCAAGCUCAGUGAAUUCGACAACUUCAAGAUCACAUAUCGUCCUGGAUCCAAGAACCCCAAGGCUGAUGCCCUUUCUCGGCGACCCGAUUUGAUGUUUCAACCUGGUGAUGCACACAACAAGCAACCCAUCCAUGCCAUCCUUCGAGAUGAUCAAGUCUCCCUCAAUUCGAUGUCCACUUGCCCUGAUAAUGCUGAAUUAUUACAACGCAUCCAACAACUCAUUCCUGGUGAUACCAAACUCUCACGCUUGAUCGAUCUUGUGCAACACCAAUCCACAUCUCCUCAACACAUCCGCAAAGAUCUGCAACGUUAUCAUUUCGACACCAACUUGGGCCUCCUCUUUGUCGACAAUCAUCGUAUCUACAUUCCCGACAACACGCAAUUGAAGCUUGACCUCAUUCAACAACACCAUGACACAGCUACUACGGGUCAUCUGGGUCAGGUCAAAACAUACGAAUUGCUCACUCGUUCUUAUUAUUGGCCAAGCAUGCGUCGCUUUGUAAACCGCUAUGUCUUCAAUUGUGCCACCUGCAAACGUGCCAAGCCAUCUCAUCAAUCUCCACAAGGCCACCUUAAGCCGUUGCAAGUACCACCACGACCUUGGGCUUCCAUCAGUAUGGAUUUUAUCGUUGGCUUACCUACUUCUUCGGGGUUCAAUGCUAUUUGGGUUGUAGUGGAUCGCCUUACCAAAAUGGCACAUUUCAUCCCAUGUAUGGAUACUAUCACUGCUCAAGAACUUGCACACCUUUUCCUCAACAACGUUUUUCGUUUGCAUGGCCUCCCUGACGACAUCAUCUCUGAUCGUGGUUCCGUUUUCACCUCCCGUUUUUGGCGCUCUUUACUUGAAUUGCUUGAUAUCAAGGCCAACAUGUCAACUGCUUUCCACCCCCAAACAGAUGGCCAAACCGAACGUACGAAUGCUAUCUUGGAACAAUACCUUCGCACCUUCAUGAAUUACCAACAAGAUAAUUGGGUAUCGCUCCUUCCACUUGCUGAGUUCAGUUACAACAAUUCUAUUCAUUCCAGCACACGCCAUACCCCAUUUGAGUCCACUUUUGGUUUUCAUCCUCGGUUUUCUUUGACUCAUCCUCCACCAAUCGGUAUAUCAGCAACAUCGGAAAGCUUCGUACAAUCCCUUCAAGACCUGCAUCAGCAACUCCAAUCGGAAAUUAAGCUCGCACAAGAACAACAAGCUUUGCACUACAACAAGCAUCGUCGGCCCACACCCACCUAUCGACCUGGCGACUAUGUUUUCCUUUCGGCUAAGCAUAUCCAAACAACACGUCCUUCUGCCAAAUUCGAUCAUAAUAAGCUGGGUCCUUUCAAGAUCUUAUCCACCAUUGGUUCUCAUGCAUACAAGUUGGACCUGCCACCUUCCAUCCGAAUCCACCCUGUGUUCCAUGUUAGCUUGUUAACACCACGUGACUCACCUUCUUGCCCCGAUUUCGACAAUCGUACUCCUGCUCCCUUACCACCAAUCCAAGUUGAAGGUGAAGACCAUUAUGAAGUAGCCGAAGUCCUUGAUAGCCGUUACCAUCAUCGCAAGUUACAAUACUUAGUUGCUUGGCAAGGCUAUCCCGAUCCUUCCGAAAACACCUGGGAACCUCAAGCUCACCUUUGGAACGCUCAAGACUCCAUCAAUGACUUCCAUCGCCGUUAUCCCAACAAGCCUGGUUCACCAUCUCAUCGCUCUCGUGGUACUCGACCUAAGAGGGGGGGCAAUGUCAUGACUUGA